CCCACCACUUUCCACCCCUUUCUGUCUGUUAUUUCUCCCAAACUUGCGCCCGCACAGGCCCUGCUGCAACGCCCCUGCGCCGGGAGUGCCUCUUGUCCCCACUCCAGAGAGGAAGGGCGUGGGUGCGGCGCAUUUCUGGCCUGGGGAGGGGUUGGAAUAAACCUGCGGGGCCCAUUUUACGACACCGUGCGGCUGUGCGGCGUGGCUGACGGCAACGCCGUGCCGCUCCUGGAGAGGUCACUUCGGAGACGGCGUUGGUUUUGGGGUGUGGGGGGUUGGUGGCACUAUGUGGCGCGUCUGUGCGCGACCCGCCCAGAAUGUAGCCCCACGGACGGGACUCGGGGCUCGGUGGACGGCCUUGCGGGAGGGACCUGGAUCUCCACGAGUGACCUCGCGAUCUGGCCCGGCUCCGGCUCGUCGCAGCAGCGUGACCACAGGGUAUGGCGGGGUCCGUACACUGUGUGGCUGGACCCCCAGCUCGGGGGCCACGCCGCGGAACCGCUUCCUGCUGCAGCUUUUGGGGUCGCCCGGCCGCCGCUGUUACAGUCUUCCCCCGCAUCAGAAGGUUCCGUUGCCUUCUCUUUCCCCCACAAUGCAGGCAGGCACCAUAGCCCGUUGGGAAAAAAAAGAGGGGGACAAAAUCAAUGAAGGCGACCUAAUUGCAGAGGUUGAAACUGAUAAAGCCACUGUUGGAUUUGAGAGCCUGGAGGAGUGUUAUAUGGCAAAGAUACUUGUUGCUGAAGGUACCAGGGAUGUUCCCAUUGGAGCGAUCAUCUGUAUCACAGUUGGCAAGCCUGAGGAUAUUGAGGCCUUUAAAAAUUAUACAUUGGAUUCCUCAGCAGCAGCUACCCCACAAGCAGCCGCAGCGCCAACCCCUGCUGCCACUCCUUCACCACCUACACCUUCUGCUCAGGCUCCUGGUAGCUCAUAUCCCGCUCACAUGCAGGUACUUCUUCCUGCCCUCUCUCCCACCAUGACCAUGGGCACAGUUCAGAGAUGGGAAAAAAAAGUGGGUGAGAAGCUAAGUGAAGGAGACUUAUUGGCAGAGAUAGAGACUGACAAAGCCACUAUAGGUUUUGAAGUACAGGAAGAAGGUUAUCUGGCAAAAAUCCUGGUCCCUGAAGGCACAAGAGAUGUUCCUCUGGGAACCCCACUCUGUAUCAUUGUAGAAAAAGAGGCAGAUAUAUCCGCAUUUGCCGACUAUAGGCCAACUGAAGUAACAGAUUUAAAACCACAAGCACCACCACCUACCCCACCCCUGGUGGCCACUGUUCCUCCAACUCCCCAGCCUUUAGCUCCUACACCUUCAGCACCCUGCCCAGCUACUCCUGCUGGACCAAAGGGAAGGGUGUUUGUUAGCCCUCUUGCAAAGAAGUUGGCAGUAGAGAAAGGGAUUGAUCUUACACAAGUAAAAGGGACAGGACCAGAUGGUAGAAUCACCAAGAAGGAUAUUGAUUCUUUUGUGCCUCCUAAAGCUGCUCCUGCUCCAGCAGCUGUUGUGCCUCCCCCAGGUCCUGGAAUGGCACCGGUUCCCACAGGUGUCUUCACAGAUAUCCCAAUCAGCAACAUUCGUCGAGUUAUUGCACAGCGAUUAAUGCAAUCAAAACAAACCAUACCUCAUUAUUACCUUUCUAUCGAUGUAAAUAUGGGAGAAGUUUUGUUGGUACGGAAAGAACUUAAUAAGAUUUUAGAAGGGAGAAGCAAAAUUUCUGUCAAUGACUUCAUCAUAAAAGCUUCGGCUUUGGCAUGUUUAAAAGUACCUGAAGCGAAUUCUUCUUGGAUGGACACGGUUAUAAGACAAAAUCAUGUUGUUGAUGUCAGUGUUGCAGUCAGUACUCCUGCAGGACUCAUCACACCUAUUGUGUUUAAUGCACAUAUAAAAGGACUGGAAACCAUUGCUAAUGAUGUUACUUCUUUAGCAACCAAAGCAAGAGAGGGUAAACUACAGCCACACGAAUUCCAGGGUGGCACUUUUACGAUCUCCAAUUUAGGAAUGUUUGGAAUUAAGAAUUUCUCUGCUAUUAUUAACCCACCUCAAGCAUGUAUUUUGGCAAUCGGUGCUUCAGAGGAUAAACUGGUUCCAGCAGAUAAUGAAAAAGGGUUCGAUGUGGCUAGCAUGAUGUCUGUUACACUCAGUUGUGAUCACCGGGUGGUGGAUGGAGCAGUUGGAGCUCAGUGGCUUGCUGAGUUUAGAAAGUACCUUGAAAAACCUAUCACUAUGUUGUUGUAACUAACUCAAGAAUUUCUAAACUCUCCCAGGUCACACUCAUUCAUUCUUAUCAAGAUAUUUAUAUGUUAUUAAACAGGUGGUUUUUAUUUUAAAGUUAACCAGUUAUUUUUAUUAUUGAGUCUGUCCAGAUAAGUUAUUUAUAAUGGGCAUUACUGAAUUUUUAAAAUGACGAUUACACCCAAAUAUUGUGCACAUUUAAUAAUCAGACACCAGAUUUUUAGCUGUGUACUCCUAGUUAAGGGACAUGUGGCCUUGCCUAGACCUUUGGUGAUAAGUACAUCCACUAGGAAAUGUAGGAUAGGUAGGAUUGUGGUUCCCUAAAGACAAGUACAUAAAGGUAACCUGGGUGAAACCUUGAAGUUCUGAAACUUAAUUUCCUAAAAUGUUCUCCUUAAGAUGUGAGAGAAAGAGAAAUCAGGAAAAUUAGUUCUCUUGGAGGAAGGGCUUGAAUUGAAUUUUACUUUAGAAUUUAACCCUGGUUUAAAAUUUUCCAUUACAUGAUCUUUGUUUACCAUGAAUGGGAAGGGUAGAAAACUUCAAGGAAAAUAAGUGAAAUUUUACAAGUCAGCAUUUUCUUAGACCUCUUCAGCUGAUUGUUUAUUUUUCUAUAACCUAUAUAUGGUUGUUUUCCCCCCUCUUGAGAUAAUGAUCUAAAUAUAAACAAGCUACCUGAUAUAAAUGA